GGCUAUCUUUUGAAUUUCAAAAAAAGUAUUCAUAAGGACAAACGGCAUUUUAGCCACGAUUUCUUUAGGAAUGGAGGCGAAUGUGGAUGCCUUUAAUUUUCAUAACUAUACUAAUUUUUUGGAAAACGUGAGUUGCUUGGCCGUGAUGAAUUUGCAUUUCGCCCACCGUUGCCAUAUGGCCAGACAUAUCAACGACUGCAGAUACAUCACCAACUUUUUUAACUAUUAUGUGAUGAUGUAUUGCACCUUCAAGAUCGAUAAUAAGAUGACUGAAAUAUCGGUGAUGUUGCUGUUUGGAGUAAUCUACUGCAUUUUCCUGUGCAUCCUCUACCUGAGCAUCAACCACUACUUUUCACCAACGUUGAAGAUCGCUGCUCAUAAGAUGCGAGUAAACGAGUACAUGGCAGGCGUAAUGCUCGUGGGCGUGGCCAAUUCAACUCCAGAUCUGCUGGUCAACCUAUCCCCUGUCAGGCGGGAGUCCCUUACCUUUAACAUAGCCAUGGCCAACGCCCUAACUAUCAUAUGUCUGAGCGGUGGUGCGGUGUGUUUCAUCCGUCCUUUCAGGAUGAAUGGUCACAGUGUUUUCCGGGAUCUUCUCUUUCUCGUCCUCAUCAUAGAGCUGGUGCGGUUUUUCAUUGAGGAUACUCAUCAAAAGCCAUGGGUGAAGGGUACCAUGGUACUAUGUAUUUAUCCCAUAUACCUGAUUGUUAAUAUUGUCGAUGUUGUUCUUCAACGGUACACAAUAAAAAAACUUCGGAAAGAUAUUGAACAUAUGAGGCACUCGCCAUCAUCCAAUCAACACGAUCGUAUAUUGGCUGAGAAAAUUAUUUUUUUGAAUAGUCUUGAAGAAGACGAUGAAGUCCAAAUCCUUGAAUCAAAAGUAUAUCGCAAAAGAUCUUUUGACGCAGGUUUCUUUGUUACACCCAAGCCACUUAUUCGACAUAAGAAAGUUGAUGUGGAAAGCAACCGAACUAUUCUCCACAGCAAGUCCAAUCCAAAAAAUCUUUUCCUAUUCAGGGAGUUUUUCCAAUCGGUCAAUCCCAUCGACUCUGAUGCGUGGGGCAUGAGUGGUACAUGUGUACGCAUUUCAAUGAUCUUAAUGGCCCCAGUUCGAUUUUUGCUGAAGCUGGUAAUCCCAUUUGUGGACAUCCAGAAGGCCAAGCAUGGGUGGAGCAAGUUGCUGAACAGCUUACAAGUCGUGAUCACCCCUUUCGUGAUUAUUACACUAAUUGAAACUAGCGUAGCCGACAACUACUAUAAUUGGUAUAACAUUCCCAAGUUCACAAUGGCAGCGUGGUCUAUAUUGGCAACGACGCCCUUGGCCAUAAUUGUAUUUUUGCACUCGCGUACUGACAUUCCUCCUUUCUAUCAUCCCCUGUAUUGCGUGCUCACAAUUGGCACUGUAAUUAUAUUCACUUGGACUUGUGCCUGGGAAAUGGAUGUGCUUGUAUCAAUAAUCGGCAUUGUUUUUCAAUUGUCUCCAUCAUUUAUGGCCUUCACCUUCAACGCGGUGUCCGCUGCAACGGCAGACUUUAUUUCCUAUGCUCAUCUCGCCGAACACGGCUUUGGAAAGAUGGCCUUCGGCGCCAUUGUUGGCGGUUCAGUUUUCAACAUGGUUGUCAACGUUGGCAUCGAAUUGGUGGUGCAGAAUAAACUCAACUCCGACGGCCAAGUGCAAUUGUACGGAGAUGAGGGUGAAACUAUCUAUUUGUUCCUGGUAAUAACCAUCAUAACCACCAUGUGGUGGUCCUUGACCUUUAACUUCGUUGCCCGCCGAUCCGCUGGCGUGUUUCUGUGGUGCCUGUUCAUACUGUUCCUCAUUUACUCGACUGCCAUUGAAUUUAAGUGGAUCCAUGGUUUCCAGGACAACCAGUACAUUGAAGUACAGCCCUAUUAA